AUGUCGGGCUGGAAGUAUGCGUUUGCCCUCAGCAAGGAGGAAGUCGCAACGGCGACACCGCCUGGGACGGCGAAGUUGAUGCUCGAAGAUGAGUCUUCAGGCGGAUCACCAAGAUCUUCCACCUCUCUCAGACGAUUCCCGCAACCAUCGGAAGACCCAGCAGAUCCUCUCAACUGGGCACAGUGGCGCAAAUUCACACUCCUAUUGACUGUAUCACUAUAUUCUUUCGCUGGCAACUUCACGAGCUCGGGCAUCGCACCAGCAUUACAACUAUGGUUCAAGGCCUUCCCGACAGAUGUUCGGCCGUUUAGUGACCUCACCUACUUUAUCGCGGUCAACAUUCUGUUUCUUGGAGCAUCCAACAUCUGGUGGGUCCCUCUGUCAAACAUCUUCGGCCGACGACCCGUGUUGCUGGCUGCAACGCUUCUCAUGACGGUUGGCACCAUUGCGUGCGCUGUCUCAACGACCUACAACGGCGUCCUCGUCUCCAGACUGUUUCAAGGUAUCGGUGCCGGUGCGUCAGAGUCAGUCGCUCCAGCACUCAUCGGAGAGGUCUUUUUCGUGGAUGAGCGAGGUCGUGCUAUGGCCAUCUACACUGUAUUCCUCUCAGGCGGCUCUCUCAUCGGCGGAAUCGCGGGCGGGUACAUCGGCUAUCAACUAGGCUGGGUCUACAUCUUUUGGGUGGGAACAGCCGUGUCCGCCGCCUGUUUCAUCGCCACCCUCUUCCUUGUCCCCGAGACCCUCUACGACCGCGUCGUCUCCUCCAACAUCGACACUACCGGCAGCGGCCAGUUGCCCAUUGACGAAAAGGGUUUGGAAAGCCACGUCGAAGACGCGCAGAGCCAGGUCCUAGACUACCGACCCUUCACCUACGGGCGGUCUCUGGGCUUCACCCACUACCGCGGUGGCGUCGCGAACAACUUCCUCGCCCCCUGGAAGACGCUGAGAUUCCCGGGCACCUGGGUCGUCAUGUUCCACUACGCAGGCCUCGUCGGCGGUAUCGUCACCAUCUCCACCGUUGGGCCCCAGCUCGUGGCGGCACCGCCGUACCUCUGGGGCGCCAACGUCGGGUUGAUCAAUAUUGGAGGCAUCAUCGGGACCGGCCUGGGCGCUCUGUACACGUACCUUCUCGCCGACGCCCAGCUCAAGAAGAAGGUCAAGAGUUCGGGCAGCGGGCUGGCGGAAGCGGAGAGCAGGUUGCCGACCAUGUUUCCCUCGCUUGUCAUCGCGACGGGCGGAUUCUUCGUCUUUGGCUUCACGGGCCAAUACCCGUCCAAAAAUGGCUGGGUCGGUCUCUCUGCCGGGUUUGCCAUGGUAUCGUUUGGUCUCAUGCAACUACCAUCCGUCGGCUUCAACUAUGUGAGUACAUGCAUCCUUUCACACAACUUCCCUCUCGCCUAA